GAAAACGAUUAAUAUUUAACAAAAACAAACACAUUUAAAGUUAUAAGAUGUCGGAGGAACCGCCAACCACCUCAGCCUUUGGCUUCAAGAAGCGCAACAUCAACAGAGGUGCGGCCAUGCGUCGCAAAAAGGAGAGCAGCAGCAGCAAUGAUUCAGCCAAGAGCAGCGAUGAGGAGACACAGAACAAGGCCAGUGCUCUUGUGCGGGCCGAGAACCGACGCAAACGAACAAAUCCCAACUUUCAGAGCACCAAGACGGUGGGCAAGGCGAAGCGAUUGGCGGGAGUCGCAACGGAGGCCACAUCCAGCGACGGCAAAUCCGAAGAUGAUGGACUGGGGGUGGCAUACAAAUCAAAACGUGAGGCGCUGCCCAGUGGCCCCCAGGAUCAGGGUGCCACUUCAGUCAACGAAAUGGACACGGAACUGGAUCGCGACGCUCAGGCGAUACAUGCUCGGGCCCUGAAGAUUAACGAGGAACUGGAGGGCAAGGCCGACGACAAGAUCUACCGUGGCAUCAACAACUAUGCCCAGUACUACAAGAAGCAGGACACGGCGGCGGGCAAUGCCAGCUCGGGAAUGGUGCGCAGCGGACCCAUACGGGCGCCGGCUCACCUCAGGGCCACCGUCCGCUGGGACUACCAGCCGGAUAUCUGCAAGGACUACAAGGAGACGGGCUACUGUGGCUUUGGCGACAGCUGCAAGUUCCUGCACGACCGUAGCGACUACAAGGCCGGCUGGCAGCUGGAGGCCGAUCACGAGGCGCAACGACGCGGCGACUGUGAAUCGGAUGGCGACGAUGGCAAGUACGAGAUACACGCGGACGAGGAAUCGCUCCCCUUCAAGUGCCACAUAUGUCGCCAGAGCUUUGUCAAUCCUGUGGUGACCAAAUGCAAACACUAUUUCUGUGAGAAGUGCGCUCUGGCGCAGUACAAAAAGUCGCAACGCUGCAUAAUUUGUUCGCAGCAGACGAAUGGCAUUUUUAAUCCAGCCAAAGAACUGAUAGAACGCCUCAAAGCGAAUCCCAUGGAAUCUGGCGAUAGCGAGGACGAAGCUGCAGCAGGAGAAGAACACCACCAGCAGGCGGAUGAGAAAACUCAGGAGAUUUCCUCUGAAGAUAGCGAUUAAGAAUAAUGUAAUUUAUAUAAAAAUCAGGUUCCAAUUCAAA